AUGGACAAGCUCUCGUCCCUCACCCGCUUCAAGAAAUCCUGUCCCUUCCUGGGCAAGACAAAGACAGCAACCCUUCGCUCGCUGUCCACCGCGUCGUCCCCGAGGUAUCCCUCCUUGUCCGCACUCACCGAGCGCGCUACGAAAUGCCCUGUCAUGGGCCCUGCUCUCAAUGUGCGCUCCAAGGAGAUCGUCGCCGGCUAUGCUAGCGUCGCAGCCAAUGUCGACGUCGAAAAGAUCCACAAGGAAAAGGGCGUCUUCCCCCCGCCCGGCGCUACCGUCGAGAUGUGUCCCCAUGCCUCCGCUGCUAGGGCCGCCGCCGUUAUGGCCGAUGAUCUUGCCUCUGCAGCUGCUGCAAAGAAGGGGUCCAAGGCCAAGUCGGAUGCAGAGGUCGCUGCUGCUGCUGGCUGCCCAUUCCACGCCAAAGCCGCUGAAGAUGCGCGCAAGGCUGCUGCUGCCGCCGCCGCCCCUGUCCCCGCACCCUCGCACAAGGCCAAGCACCACACCGGGUUCGACUACGAGAGCUUCUACGUCAACGAGCUCGACAAGAAGCACAAGGACAACUCCUACCGCUACUUCAACAAUAUCAAUCGACUCGCCGCAAAGUUCCCAAUCGCCCACACCGCCAGCGUCAAGGAUGAGGUCGAGGUCUGGUGCGCCAAUGAUUAUCUUGGCAUGGGUAAUAACCCCGUCGUCCUCGAAACCAUGCAUCGCACUCUUGACAAGUACGGGCACGGUGCAGGAGGUACUCGCAACAUUGCCGGCAAUGGUGCUAUGCAUCUAGCCCUCGAGCAGGAGCUCGCUAAUCUCCACCGCAAAGAAGCUGCUCUCGUCUUUUCUUCCUGUUACGUCGCCAACGAUGCUACGCUCUCUACACUCGGGUCCAAACUUCCAGGCUGUGUAUAUUUUUCGGACACAAUGAACCACGCUUCCAUGAUUCAAGGCAUGCGACACUCUGGCGCUAAGCGCGUCUUGUUCAAGCAUAACGAUCUCGAGGACCUGGAAUCUAAACUCAAGCAAUAUCCCAAGGAAACCCCUAAGAUUAUUGCAUUUGAAUCGGUGUAUUCUAUGUGCGGCAGUAUCGGACCCAUUAAAGAAAUUUGCGACCUUGCGGAGCAAUACGGCGCACUUACCUUCUUGGAUGAGGUUCAUGCGGUCGGUUUGUACGGACCCCGUGGUGCCGGUGUUGCUGAACAUCUGGAUUACGAUGCCCAAGCUGCCGCGGGUGACAGUCCGUUCCCCAUCAAAGGCUCCGUUAUGGAUCGCGUUGAUAUCAUUACUGGUACUCUUGGAAAGGCUUAUGGCGCCGUCGGUGGUUACAUUGCUGGCUCGGUUGACUUUGUGGACAUGAUUCGCUCCUACGCUCCCGGUUUUAUCUUCACCACCUCACUCCCCCCUGCAACCGUAGCUGGUGCUCGUGCUAGUGUCGUUUAUCAGAAGAACUAUGUCGGCGACCGUCAAUUGAAGCAGGUAAACGUUCGGGAAGUUAAGCGCCGAUUUGCUGAACUCGAUAUCCCCGUUGUUCCCGGUCCUUCACACAUUGUACCUGUGCUUGUUGGUGAUGCUGCCUUGGCUAAAGCCGCGUCGGACAAACUUCUUGCCGAACAUGACAUCUACGUGCAAUCAAUCAACUACCCAACCGUGGCGCGCGGCGAGGAGCGUCUCAGGAUCACUGUCACUCCACGUCAUACUCUCGAACAGAUGGAAGGUCUGGUCAGCGCUGUUGACCAGGUCUUUACUGAGCUCGGCAUCAACAGGCUGAAGGACUGGAAACUGGUCGGCGGACGCGCUGGUGUCGGCUUGGCAGACGGAUCCGAAGAGGUAGCGCCGAUUUGGACCGAUAAACAGGUUGGCCUCCUCGAUGGUACAACUCCCCCCACCCUGAGGAACGGGGAAAAGGCGAUCGUGGACAGUGAUGCAGUCGCCAAGGCUCGUGCUGUAUUUGACCCACUUUUGGGACCUAUCAGCGGACCCAUUCAAGGCACUCGGACUGUGCAAACUGGAAAGAAAGAAGAAGUGGUCGUGCAGGCGAGACAGAAGCUUCCCUUGAUCAAGACGGGUGCCGCUAGUGUUCCUCUGCGCGAGGAUAUUCCUGUACCGCCUCCUUCCGUCACUGCUUCUGCGUGA